AUGGCACCAGGGUGGUGGCGGGGUCUGAAAACCCGGUACAAAAAAAUUAAAACGCAAGGUGGUGCGACCUUAUACGAGACACUUCUAUCGCGCGAUCUUAUCGAAGAUUUAAGCUCAACAGAUGAAGCGGUUCAAAAUAAUGAUAUUGAUCAGACAGACUCGGAGAGGAGAAGGUCUCAAAUGCAUCGGCUCGUCCAAGCAGGAUUGGAAAAGACAGGUAAAGAGGCUACAGUAAAGCAAAAUAUCCAAGGGGCAAUAAAUUACGUUUCCCCCGUCAAGGAAUUGAUUGACAUGGCUGUUAAGUCGGUUCCGGAAGCUGCUAUUGCGUGGACUGACGCUUGUUUUGCUCUACAGAUUCUCAUGAUCCCAAUUAAUGAGGCGGCAAUCAAUCGCGAUGGAAUUGCCUACGUUGUCUCGAGGAUAGAAUGGUACUGGAACCUGUCGCGCCUUCUCGAAGAGAAUCAAGUUGGCAAAUCCGCGGGAUUAAGAGGCGAAUUAGAGAAUCGUAUUAUCGAACUUUAUAAAAGGCUUCUUUCGUAUCAGAUGAAAAGCGCCUCUCUAUAUUACCGGAAUCGACUCGUUGUUAUUUUGAGGGACAUAGUCAAGCGUGACGACUGGGAGAACACCUUAGAGUCUAUGAAAAGCCUGGAGAUUGCCAUUCAACGGGAUAUUGAUACAUAUACUAACUUCGAAAUUAAGGAUCUUCUCGAAAAGCUUGUUGAAGAUACAGAGUCAAUGCUCCACGACAUCUAUCGGGCCAUCCGGGAUCAGACGAUGGCACAGAAGAAGACGCAGCAAGAAGAGAAAGAUAAUGAGUGUCUAAGAGCCUUAUACGUGUCAGACCCCAGCGACGAUAAAAGACGCAUCAAGGAAACGAAGGGAGGGUCGCAUCAGGAAUCGUCCAACUGGAUCCUUGAACACGAAGAUUUCCAGACAUGGCGUGAUAAUGAUGAGUCCAAUGUACUAUGGAUCAAAGGCGAUCCGGGGAAGGGAAAGACGAUGCUUCUCAUAACAAUUGUUGAGGAACUAGAGAAGUUAGCAUACCAAAAUUCGUCACCAUCGACUAUGCUCUCUUACUUCUUCUGUCAGGGUAUUAACUCAAAUCUCAACAACGCUACAGACGUCUUGAGGGGCCUCGUGUACCGAUUCGGCGUACAGCAGUCAUGCCUCAUCCCGUACUUGCGCAAGAAGUACGAAACAUCUGACCAGAAUAUUUUCAAGGGCGAUAACGCAUUCUUCGUUCUAUCGGGAGUGCUAGAGGAUAUGUUACGCGCCAUAAACAGGUCGAGAGUAUAUAUUACAAACUUCUUAAAUUCAUUACGCGAAACUCUACGUUAUCUCAAACCUGACAUCGAGCAGGCACUUGGAAACCUGGGGACAAGGCUUCAUCUAGAACACGCUCAAAACGCAGAACAAGUUUCUCAUGCUAUCAAUGCUUACAUUGAUUUCAAAAUAUCAAGCAUGCUAUCAUUGCAGGAAGAUACCCGCCUCAAGAGCCGGGUGCGAGAUAUCCUGUAUCAGAAAGCUGCCGAGCUCGAAAACGUACCCAGACGGCGUAUCUUAGCUGUGCUCGAGGGGAUGUCAUCUGGAGAACUCUGUGAAUUGAUGCUCUCAGUGGCUAUUUCAGCUUAUCGUCCGCUUCAGCUGGUAGAAAUGGCUGCCCUACUAGGGUUAUCACAAGAAAUUCAGAAUGCGUCUGGAAGUGCUAAGGAGAUUGUAGACGAGUGUGGUUCGUUCCUUACCGUCCGUGAGGACCAUAUUUACCUGAUUCAUCAAUCAGCCAAAGACUACUUGAACAGUCAAACAAAAGGUUUAAGUCUCACCUCUACACUAACAAAUUCUCACCGUACCAUUUUCUCGCAGUCGUUAAGGCUCAUGUCAACACUACGGAAAAAUAUAUAUGAUUUACCUCAUCCUGGGCUCUUAAUCGGCGAGAUCGAGACACCGAAUCCGGAUCCGUUAGCUUUCAUGCGGUAUUCCUCUGUCCACUGGCUCAACCAUUUCUUCGAUUUUUAUAGUACUUGUCAAGAUCAAGAUAGCUCUUGCGAGUGCGAUAUGGUCGGCAAAUUCCUCCAAGAGAAGUUUAUCUACUGGCUCGAGGCCCUAAGCCUUAUUAAAUAUAUGGGAGAUGCCAUCUUGUCGAUGACGAGAUUGGAGGGCUUGUUAAAGGUAUACACGUCAGCUCUUAUAUUCAGCCCGGUCAACUAUCUAGCGCGGAAGACGUUUCUAAAAGAAGAGUCGGAAUGGAUAAAAAUAAAGCCAGAAGUUGAACUUUCUUGGAGCCCAUGUUUAAAGACACUCGAAGGCCAUAAAGACCGGAUAUACUCGGUUGCAUUCUCCCAUGACUCGACUCUAUUAGCCACAGGUUCACUGGAUGAUAAACCAAUUAAGAUUUGGGAUACCAAAAAUUGGACCCUUCAAUACAUCCUCGCGAGUAACCGAAUGGCAAUCUUCUCGCUUGCAUUUUCUCAUGACUCGAGCCUGUUAGCCUUAGGCUUACACGAUCGUAUUAUUGAAAUAUGGGAUAUAAAGACGUUGUCCCUUCAGCAAACACUUGAAGUCCGUGAAGGCAACGUCCUUUCAGUCGAGUUUUCUUACGACUCCAGACUACUGGCCUCGAGGUCGGAUGACGGUGCCAUUAGUAUCUGGAAUAUCGAAGCGGGAACCUUUCAUCAGCCAUUUGAGGAGGGCGGAUAUAAGGCCCAAUCGAUUACAUUCUCCCGUGACUCAACGUUAUUGGCCUCGGGAUUACAUGACCACACCAUCAAGAUUUGGGAUAUAAAAACAUGGACCGUUCAACAAACAUUCCAAGUUCACGGGGGCGAUAUCUUUUCGGUCGCUUUUUCCCACGACUCAAAGCAUUUGGCUUCAGGGUUAUCUGAUAACAUUAAGAUUUGGAAUGCGGCUACGGGGUCUCUGGAACAAACAAUCGAAAGCCCUGCGGCGGUAUCAUCUCUUACGUUUUCUCACGACUCCAAACUUUUGGCCUCGGGGUUAAGCGAUGGGAAAAUUAAGAUCUGGGAUUCAAUGGUAACGGGAUCACUCCAGCGACUAUCUAACAACGAGGCUUAUAGACUGAUUCAAUUGUCUCACGACUCGGAACUCCUAGCCUUAGCGACCCAAGACGACACUAUUAAGAUCUGGGACAUAGCAACAGGGUCCCUCCGACGGGAGAUCGGGGGGCAUUCACCCAAAAGGGCUGACUGGAUAAUAUUCUCUCACGAUUCGAAUCUUUUGGCCGUGCCUCUACGCGAUGGUUCGAUUAGGAUUUGGGAUGUGGCGUCGGGAUCCCUUCAACGAAAACUCCAUAUCGGCCGCGGAGCAACAAUUCUAUCAUUUGACGAUACCAGUUUAUCCUUGGAUGCCAAUAUCGGUAUUAAGAUAGCCGAUGGGACUACAUAUCCGUCUCAAACCCGAUUACUACCUCGCAUUCUGGACUGGUAUCAGUAUCGCGAGGCAAAAUGCUAUGGAUAUGGUAUAAGCUAUGAUAAGUCCUGGAUCACAUGGAAUGAACGAAACGUGCUAUGGCUUCCGCCCGAAUACCGUCCGACCCGCAGCGAGUCUCGAAAUUUUGCCAUCUCCUCUCUCGUGCUGCCCUCUACGGGAUCGACAGUCGUUGUAAUUGCCCUUAUAUGCCUCUCAGGAAAGGCUAUAACCAUCGGGCUCGCAGGUUCAGGACCAUCUCCGGCCUCCGAAUCAGGUGCUAUCUAA